GCCCUUUAGCAGAGAGUUUAUCCGUUCAUUUGGCGUAGAUGCUCACUGGAGUAAUGUUUAAUCCUAAUCCACUUGCAUGUUGUUUUGUUUACGCGGUCGCAGCGCCUGUUCCAGACGCUAGGCUAUGAUAUUUACGAGGCUUAGCCCAGUCUAAGUUUGGGAUGUAUGACAAAGUGCAUCUGCACACAGAGGAUGUCCAUGUGCAAUAUAACUGCACUGGGUCAUGUGCUGUUUCUGAGAAAUGGAAAUGAGAGUUAGCGCGUAAUUUUUUUUUUGUUUGUUUUUCACACUUUGAAAUUGGAACAGUGACGUGGUUUCUUCAAACAUACUGAAGAAGUAAGGAAAUGGAAUGAAAGAGAGGUAAGGUGAUCAGUGAAAACAGCAAAGGGUCAUGGGAUGUGGCUUGGCAAAAUCCAGUCCUCAGCCCAAGAAAUGUGAGAAAGUGCGCAUCUUAGUUCCAGCGGCCACUGCAAUCAGGGCAGCUCUGUUGAUCCAGCGCUGGUACCGUCAGUAUGUGGCCCGGCUGGAGAUGCGACGCAGGUGCACGUGGAACAUCUUCCAGUCGAUCGAAUAUGCAGGUGAACAGGAUCAGAUCAAGCUCUACAAAUUCUUUUGCUACCUCAUGGACCAUUUCACCCCGGCCAGUAAUGAAAGAAAUCUGAUAUCGCACAUCUUUCGCGAGAAUGAAAUCUGUCGGGACGCAGAAUGGGAACAAUACUUUUGCUAUAAGAGCAUUGACGUACCGAGCACCUACACCGGCCCUCAUCUCACCUUCCCCAUGACCUUCUGUGGGCUAUCGAAGCUGAUGGAGGCCUUCAAGCACAAAGAACAGCAGCUCCACUCUCGGUAUGUUCUGCAGCUUCUCGGAGAAACCUGGACACGUCUAAGAAUUCUUCCAAACAUCAAUCACGUCUCCACCUGCCACACCCAGGAGAUCACCAUAUGUGGUGAUUUACACGGGCAGCUUGAGGAUCUGCUGCUGAUAUUUUAUAAGAAUGGUUUGCCUUCAUGUGAGAAGCCUUACGUCUUCAAUGGGGACUUUGUGGAUCGGGGCAGAAACUCCUUAGAGAUUCUACUCAUCCUCUUUGCCUUCCUGCUGGUCUAUCCCAGUGGUGUCCACCUGAACAGAGGGAACCACGAAGAUUACAUUGUUAACCUGAGAUAUGGUUUUACUAAAGAAGUUCUAGGAAAAUACAGGGCUCAUGGCAAGAAGAUCUUAAAACUUCUUCAAAAGAUCUUCAGCUGGCUGCCUCUGGCCACAGUGAUCGACCAGAAGGUGCUGAUUGUGCACGGAGGAAUCUCUGACACAACAGACCUUGAUACAAUUACCAAAGUGGACAGACACAAAUACGUGUCGGCCCUCAGGCCACCUAUGCAGAACCAUAAGGGGCAAAAUGGUGGGAAAUCUCAGAUGAUAAACAACAGUAAUGACAGUACCAGAGGACCAGUAGAAGUUCACCGCCGAGUGCGUUCUCUGGGUAAUUACACCUUGCGUCACAGCGACAACCUCCCGUGUCACUCACUCCACAACCUGCCCACGAGCAAUCAGCUAAGCUGGUCAGUGGAAGAGGAGCUAAAGAGGAGACGCAGACAGGCUGGGUUUUGCCAGUCCUAUGGGGAACUGAAGAAAGAUGACCUUGACUCCGACCCAGAGCCAGGAGAAACAACAGACACAGAUGAACAUGAAUGGAAACAAAUUGUGGAUGUGUUGUGGAGUGAUCCCAUGCCCCAAAAUGGCUGCAUUCCCAAUGAGGUGAGGGGUGGAGGCUGUUACUGGGGCCCAGAUGUCACUGAGGAAGUGCUGAGAAGACAUAACCUCCAGCUCCUCAUUCGCUCUCAUGAGUGCAAACAGGAUGGUUAUGAGUUCUGCCACAAUCGCAGGGUGUUAACAAUAUUUUCAGCAUCUAACUACUACGAGGUUGGCAGCAACAGAGGAGCCUACAUCAGAAUGGGCCCUGAUCUGGUCCCUCACUUCAUUCAGUACCAGGCCAGCCAAACGUGCAGAGAACUCACUCUGAGACAAAGCGUCGGGUGGACAGAGAGAUCAGCCCUACGAGCUCUGAGGGAAAAGUUGUUUGUGCACAAGUCAGACCUCAUCAGUGCCUUCCAAAACUUCGAUCCCCACUGCACAGGUUUGAUCUCUCUGAAGCACUGGGCCACUGCCACAGAGAGCGUCCUGAAGCUUGGCCUGCCCUGGAGGGUUCUGCGCUCUCAGCUGGUCAGCAAUAACCAGGACAAUGUGGUGGACUACCAGCAGUGGAUACGACAGCUGUCCAUCAACGAACCCAAAUUCGAGGUGUCUGACACCAGUAUCUUGGAGACUAUGUACAAAUACCACUCCAACCUGGAAACCAUCUUCCGAAUCAUAGACACGGAUCAUUCAGGUCUAAUCUCGUUUGAGGAAUUCCGUCAGACCUGGAAACUCCUGAGCUCCCAUCUGAAGAUAGACAUAAGUGACAAGGCCAUCUCAGACCUGGCCCAGAGCAUCGACUUCAACAAGGACGGGAGCAUUGAUAUUAAUGAGUUUCUGGAGGCUUUUAGGCUGGUGGACCUGUCUGCCCAUAUGUAGACCCACCCUGAAACCAGAACCUCACCUGGAGUGUUGGACUUUUGAAUAUGUAACCUUGAUGGAUGAAAAAAUGUUCAUUCAUAUUUAAUGUUUGUAUUCCUCCUGUCUUCUUAUUGAGUUUUUUCUUUAAUUUAAAUGAUUUGAAGGUGUGCAUUGAGUGCAGCCUUUUUAGUUUCACACCUAUAAAGAAAAACUAAAAAUAAAUACUAUUGUUUUUCCUUUCAUGCUAAAUGUACUGUUGACUUUGGUUCAAAAUGCAAGGCAAAAAAAUCAGCAUACAGGUUAGUGAAGAUGUAGCAUUUUGCGUAAUUCAGCCUGAUAAAUUACAGGGUUUCAAACCAGAGUUUUUAAGCGCACCGACAGCUGUCGACCAGCUUACCGUUUGCACCUGCAUGCGUGUGCUUGUGGGAAGAUGAAGUAAAUAUUUCA